UGGCGAGAUGCCGUCGUUUUGCGCUCAAGCUAAAUGUGAAGUUGCACAAGUCGUUCCGUAGCGCAGCGUCUGAGAUACCAAGCCCCAGUGCCCGCCGCCCGCCAGGCCUCGGACCGCUAUGGAAGCGCAGCCGGAGCAGGACGGCCGCGCAACCCUGACGCUCGCCCACGCUCACUUCCAGACGGGCGACUACGCGGAGGCCGAGAGACUGUACGCCGCGUACCUUUGCGAGCGCGACCGCACAGCCUCCGUAGGAGCGAGUCACGGCGGCAAAUACAGCCCUGAGGAUUUGGCUACUGCAUAUAACAACAGGGGGCAAAUCAAGUACUUCAGGGUUGAUUUUUACGAAGCCAUGGAUGACUACACAUCUGCCAUAGAAGUCCAACCCAAUUUUGAAGUUCCAUAUUACAAUAGAGGGUUGAUACUGUAUAGGCUGGGAUAUUUUGAUGAGGCUUUGGAAGAUUUCAAGAAGGUAUUAGAUUUAAAUCCUGGAUUUCAAGAUGCUACAUUGAGCUUAAAACAGACUAUUUUAGACAAAGAAGCAAAACAAAGAAGAAAUUAUUGAACAUUUUAACUUAAUUGAAAUAAUAACUCAUAAUCCUUAUACCUGGCAUCUAAUUGUUUCUAAUUUAAAAUAGGUAUUGAACUAUUUUGAUUUAUAUUUAAGAUAAAGAAAUGGAUGCAUUAGCACUGAAAGUUGCAUAGUAUAUAUAAGGUGGUUUCAGGUUGAGAAAAUAUGUCAAAUAGGUAUGCUUUCUAUAAAGUAUAACUGUAAUAUCAACAUAUAAUUGAAUGUCAUUACAGUAUAAUAUUUGAAUGUGAAGCAUCUUCUUCUGUAAAAUGUUUUUGCAAUUUUUUAUUCCCAGUUUAUUUAAAAAAUUUUGAAUCCACAGAAAAGUUGAAAGAAUAACAGAAUAAACACCUUUAAACUCUUGACUUUGAUUCCCCAGUUAACUUCAUGCCCCAUUUCCUUCUUCUGUUUAUUUAAAUAUAGAACUCUUUUUUGCUGAACCAUUUGAAAAUAAGUUGUAGAUACAACAGUACCUCACCUCUAAAUAUUUCAGCUUGCAUCUCCUAAAAAUAAAGACAUUGUCCUUUAUAACUACAAUACCAUUAUGAUAUCUAAUAAAAUUAAUAAUCCAGCCCAUGUUCAAAUUUUUGCAGUCGCUCCCAAAAUGUUUUGUGUAGGUUUUUAUUUUAGGAUCUAGAGCCAAAUAAGUCUCAUUGCAUUUUGUUGUUAUGUCUCUCUGAGUUCUUUUAGUCUAGUAUAGUUUCCCUGCCAGUUUCCCCCCAUGAGAUUUGCUUUGAGAACAAAGAUAUUUCUUAUAACUAGAGAGACAUAACAUUUGGGCUUAAAAAUAAGUUCGUUUCCUACAUGAGAGCAAUUUGAAAGUGUUCCACUUACACUUGAUUUUCUUUAGAAAUCAUUGAUAAGAUGGGUUUGAGAUUUAAAUACUGAACUUAGUUCUCUGUCUCUGGAUGAUGAAAACAACUAUGAUCGUUGCCCUUUACUGAAUGCUUAGCUAAGCUGAGCACUUUACAUGAUAAAUUGGGGUGGGGUGGGGUGAACCAGAGUGCACUGAUGAAAAGCAUUUCGUAAAUACAAGGCUUUAACCAAGUCUGUUUUAUUUGGAUGCUGCCAGCAGACUUCAUGAUUGGACUACCACAAAUUGGGAAGAACUUGAAGGGAAAAAUGCCAAUGCUUGCCACGUCCCAUCUAUAUAUUUUUUUUGUUUUUAUUGUAAUUAAACUGUAUUUCGAGCAUACAAACUGUAUCGCAACAUCUCCCAAAGUAACCUGUUCCUGCUGUGGAAAAACCGUUGUGUUGUGGAAAUGACCCUGAUCGGGGAAAGGAAGGUUUGUUAACGAGCGUCUCUAGGGAGGCACUGAGGAAAUUCUGUGCCUCUCAGGUGCAGUCUCCAUCAUCAACCCCAACAUUUUUGUUUGUUUGUUUUAAUUUAAUAGAUCUCAUGAAGCAGAAAAUGUAAUUGCCUUGUUUUUAGUUAAUAAAUAACGUCUGGUAUAAUACAUGAAGAA